CUCUCUUUAAGAACUUGCCCUUUGCUUCUCAUUUCCCAUUACUACCACCUGCAACACUCAACUUAACCAUGGCGAAGACUUGUAUGCAAGACAAGAAACACUUCCAUUGGUCAAAUAAAGUCAGCAACGAAGACGAAGAGCAAUACCAAGAAUCCCCACCACCACCACCACCAUUAUCAUCCUUCAAUUCUUGCCCCAAGAGUAACACCACCGAUCAACCAUCGCUAACAAGAAAGAAGCUUCAAGCAGUCACCAUCGCCAGAUUCCGAUCAGUUGUUACUGCUCUCACUAAGAAUCGAACAAGCCUCCUAAACGGCCUAGGACCUAGAGUCGUCGGAACCCUAUUUGGAUCCCGGCGAGGCCAUGUUUAUUUCGCCUUCCAGAAAAACCCCACCUCUCAACCGGCUUUCUUGAUCGAACUUCAAACUCCCAUCAGUGGUCUGGUUAAGGAAAUGGCUUCUGGGCUCGUUAGAAUCGCAUUGGAGUGUGACAAAGAAGAUAAGACAGCGGUGAAGAAGGUGGGCAACACAAGACGACUGUUGGAGGAGCCUGUUUGGAGGACGUAUUGCAAUGGGAAGAAGUGUGGUUUCGCCAUGAAAAGGGAGUGUGGGGAGAAAGAAUGGAGGGUUCUGAAAGCUGUGGAGCCGAUAUCAAUGGGAGCUGGGGUGUUGCCGGCGCCGGAGAAAAAAGUCGCCGGAGAAGAGGAAGAUGGUGGGGUCAUGUAUAUGAGAGCCAAGUUUGAGAGAGUUAUGGGGUCGAGAGAUUCAGAAGCUUUCUAUAUGAUGAAUCCUGAUAGCAAUGGAGCUCCAGAACUGAGUGUUUAUUUGCUCAGAAUUUGAGGAUUCAAUUGCAGAAACUGGAAUCUGAAAAUCUAAGAACCAAACUCGACUUGUUUUUAGUUCUUUGUAGUUGAAGACUCUUUUUCUUGUUCUUGCUUAUCCGGUCAUAGAAAAUGGAAAAGGACGAGUUUAUUGUAAUUUGUAGUUUUA